AUGAGCUUCAGUUACUGGCAAACUGCACUGGAUAGCCGACUGCGCGUCGUUGACGGCAUCCUACAUAAAGAUGAUCUUGAGCCUGACCAGCGGCUCGUCCGUAUGCAACUCGAGCUCGAAGCGCGAGCGAUGCGUUCUAUGAUCAGUCAACUGAACCAGAAGCUUAAUAAGCUCUGUCGUGCGAGCGAUCUCCCUAGCGCGGCCUUGCAGCGCAUCUUCCUGAUCCUGUCCGCCUACGAGUCCGUGCCGAACGAAACCUGGCCAACCCGCACACGCGAACAUUGCCAUUGGACAAAAGUUCUCGAUAUCUGCAGGACCUGGCGAGAAGCGGCGUUGGCGUGUCCACAUUUGUGGUCCUCCCAUCCGCUAGGCUUGGGUUCUGCACGCUUCAAUGCAUUCAUGGCUCGCAGCCGGGAUUCCCCGAUCAAUCUUCGUCUCGGAGACGCGGGGGAACUCCCGGCUACUUUGCUGAGUGAAACGCUACAGGAGCCGGAUGAUUAUAUCCGGAUAGCAACAUUGGAGUCGACUGUUCGCCUGGGUGAGGACGCCUUGCAGGCCUUGACGGGUUGCGCACCUCUCCUUGAGACCUUGCGCAUCGUCCCGGCAGGUAUUCUACAAGAGCAAGAGUCGAUGAACCUGCCUGAUGGCCUUCUGGGAGGCCAGGCGCCUCGCCUACGACACUUGGCAUUGCGCGGGUUCUCUACAUUUUUCUCCCAGAUAGCCAUCGUGACCAACAUCGUGUCCCUCAACAUCAGCCGCGGCGUGGACCACGAUUCGUACACCCGGCCUUCGUGGCCAAUUUUACGGCUAUUAUUAGAAGCGUUGGUCAACAUCGACGAGCUCAUCUUACACGGAUGCCUACCCGUGGCGUCGAAAUCGGCCGGCAGCGUCAACGACGCUCUCGAACUUGAUAACGCUCAAACGCCGGAUCAUGCGCCCAGCGAUUUACUCCACCUUCGAAGCCUCGAUGUCAGUGGGGAGCUUGAGGCUCUUGUUCGACUCUUUGAAAGCAUCACGCUUCAGCCGACCUGCGUACUCCGCGUUCAGCUCCGUGACCCCCGCUCGAAUGUGCACGGGAUGACGGAGUCUCUCUCAACGUCCGGCUUUCGCCCUUCGCACGGAGAAUAUCAACCACGCUUUCGCUCGAUGCGUAUCAUCACUCGCAAGAGUGAAAAGGCUCGCAAGAUCCUGCACAUCGGGCUAUUCUCAGACAGAGAGGCAACUCUUGUCGAGCCAUGUCCUUUCGUCGUCGAGGUCGAUCACUAUUCGAAUGUCCAACCUCUUGAUAUCCUCGAAAAACCCUGCUUGCCAAUCCAGGGUUUGCGCACGAUCUACCUAGGGGCCGACAUUGCCAUGACUUCUCAUCAUUUUAUCAUGCCCAUGAGGGUACCUUUGCUGGCAGGAGCAAGCCAUAAAGUGUUCGCCUUCUCCGACUGUGCACAGGUCACGUCGAUCUACACGGAAGGAGGUACUGGAAAGAGCUUGGUCAAGGCACUGGACAAUGCCCUACUCUUUCCCGCGCUACAGUGCUUGCUCAUCGCGCGCGGCCUUGACUUUGAAGGGGAUUACAAGGAGGAGCUGAUGAUCACUUGGAAGGUGUUGCACCGAACCCUCACGGCUCGCAAAGAGGCGGGGCGGCCCAUUGCCUCCGUGCUGCUGCCUUCCGAGAUACUUGAGGAGUACUGGAUCGAGCGUAUGCGCGACACUGGCACUCACUUCAAGCCAAUCGUAGACGCUAGCUCAGACUCUGGGUCGAAGGAGAGAGGCUUAUACCCUGGAGAUCUUCUCACCAUCACCGAUGACCCAUCUUCUCGAGAGUAUUGA